AUGGAGCGCAAAAGGACCAAGAGAGAAGCUGAGAAGCUAGAAGUAGAUGAGCCUCAGAGCAAACUCCCGCAUUCAACACCCUCACUGUCCACGAAUCCUGCCCUCUAUUCUGGGUCCUUUCCUUUCUACCGGCGCCCUUCCGAAUUGGGCUGCUUCUCCCUGGAUGCUCAACGCCAGUACCAUGGAGAUGCCCGAGCCCUGCGCUACUACAGUCCGCCCCCUACCAAUGGUACAGGCCCCAACUUUGACCUCCGAGAUGGGUACCCUGAUCGGUACCAGCCUCGAGAUGAGGAAAUCCGAGAGGGCCUGGACCACCUGCUACGCUGGUUGCUGGAACAUCGAGGACAGCUAGAGGGGGGCCCAGGUUGGCUGGCAGGAGCCAUAGUGACAUUGCGGGGACACCUGACAAAACUGCUGACCACGCCGUAUGAGCAGAAGGAGGGCUGGCAGUUUGCAGCCUCCCGGUUCCAGGGAACACUGUACCUGAGUGAGGUGGAGACACCAGCUGCUCGAGCUCAGAGGCUUGCUCAGUCACCCCUCCUCCAGGAGCUUAAGUACAUGGGGUAUAAGUUCGAGCAGUACAUGUGUGCAGACAAGCCUGGAGCCUCCCCAGAUCCUUCUGGCGAGGUCAACACCAAUGUGGCCUUCUGCUCUGUGAUACGAAGCCGUCUGGGGGACCACCCUCUGCUCUUCUCAGCGGAAGUAGACUGCACAGACCCCCAGGCCUCACCCAAACAGCCCCCCGCUUGCUAUGUGGAACUCAAGACCUCCAAAGAGAUGCACACUCCUGGCCACUGGAAGAGCUUCUACAGACACAAGCUCCUGAAAUGGUGGGCUCAAUCUUUCCUGCCUGGAGUCCCAAAGGUAGUUGCUGGCUUCCGUAACUCAGAGGGUUUCAUCUGUUCCCUCAAGACCUUUCCCACUAUGAAGAUGUUUGAAAAUGUCAGGUAUGACCGUGAUGGCUGGAACCCCUCUGUGUGCAUGAACUUCUGUGCUGCCUUCCUUAAGUUUGCCCAGAGCACAGUUGUCCAGGAUGACCCCAGGCUCAUCCACCUCUUCUCCUGGGAGCCUGGUGGCCCAGUCACUGUGUCUGUACAUCGAGAUGCACCCUAUGCCUUCCUGCCUACAUGGUACGUGGAAGCCAUGAGACAGGACCUCCCAUCACCCCCCAGGAAUCCCUCCCCCCAGGACUGAUGUUUUAGAGGGGCUGGUCCCAUUUUGUAUAUAUAUAUAAAAUAAAGGCAUAUUUCUAAG